AUGGUGGCGACACCGACCGUCCUCGAGAAUGGGCCCAGGCCAGAUGAAAAGACGGGUCUGCUGAGCAGGGUGAGAAAUUCGGGUAGAGGAAGAAUAAGUACACGCACGUCGGAUGGGCUUGCACGCGUAACAUUGAGGGAGCAAUCGAGAAAGAGCUAUUGGCGAUUAUACAAAUAUCUCAUCCUCUUGGUCCUGAUCUACCUCGUUUGCCGGCGCUACGUCGUCUACAGCCCAUUGUGGUUCUUUUCCAUAGCAUCAAAAUGGCUGUUCCCAUUCUCAAUGAAUGGGGGACAACCGCCCUGGUACGACGCACCACCAGGCGACAACGGGACUUCGCGCACAUCUCAGGAAAUCCCAGACUACGUCUUCGAAUACGCCCCAUUCGUCCACCUCUUCUCCGACGAAGAGUACUGGCCCACUGACAUGUCCGACCACAUCCCACAUACUCACCCAGCCAUUGGCUACGACCCAAUCACCAAUUCAAACCCCAUUCUCAACAUCUCUAACCUCAAUCUGCUCAAUCAAUACGAGCACGGCCGACAUGUCUUCCUCACCAGCAACGACGACGUCGAAGACCACCCACCCUGGAUCAAAGGCGAGCAAAACAUCCCCACCAAAUUCACCUACCCACCCAAACACUCUCGGAAUCUAAAAGACUACAAUAAACCCAAAACAAACGGCAGCAAACCCACCCACGGCGGCUACUCCCCCGCCCCCGCCAUCCUCAUCACCGUCCCCAAAGGCAACAACACUCUCGACGCCUUCUGGUUCUUCUUCUACAGCUUCAACCGCGGCAACUCCGUCUUCAACAUCCGCUUCGGCAACCACGUCGGCGACUGGGAGCACACGCUGAUCCGCUUCCAACAUGGUCGUCCCGCCGCCGUGUUCUUCUCCGAGCACAAUUUCGGCUCUGCAUACUCCUACCAUGCCGUCGAGAAGAUUGGAAAGAGGCCGGUCUUGUACAGCGCAGUGGGCACGCAUGCCAUGUAUGCCACUUCGGGCUUGCAUCCUUAUAUCCUCCCGCUAGGGCUGCUGCACGAUGAGACCGACCGUGGACCCCUCUGGGACCCGGCGUUGAAUACGAAAAGUUACACCUUCGACCAUGUCGCUUGCACUGUGCGGCCUUCUAUGCGUAAUCCGGAUGCUGAGACAGGCUGGUUCUACUACAAUGGCCACUGGGGGGAUAAACACUACCCGCUGGACGACGGGCGGCAGUACGGAUUCGUGGGGGAGUACCACUACGUGAAUGGGCCGUUGGGACCGAGAUUCAAGCAUCUUGGGAGACGGAAGAUGUGUCAGGGCGCGUUUGAAGAUCCUUGCGAGAUCAAAGAGUGGCUUGGUGGCGAUCUGGAGGUCAAGAUGGGGAAGGAGGUUGGUGUAGGGGAAGAAUGGCCGGAGGGGGAGACGAUGCCGCCGGGGUUGAUCGGUGAUGAGAGAAGUAAGCCGUGA